UUUCAGAACUUGCUGUGAUCACUCAUUUAGAUGGCUUAAAAGCAGGAUAGACAGAUUCAUGGAGACAGAUUCAGAUUCAGUGGAUGCUGGCCAAAGGACCUCUGUGUUCAUAGGUUCUGAAUAAUGGUUGUGGAGGGAGGGGCAACAACUGGUGAGGUUUUAGUUUCUGCAGGCCUUCUGGAUCACUUUGUUGGAACCAAGAUGCUGGACUAAGGGGAUUUUUAGUCUGAUUCAGCUGGGUAGCUCUUCAGAGGAAACAUGCAUAAAAUAAUAUUUGGGAUGCUUCCAAAAUUCUAUGACUUAUUGAAACAACCCUACCAUUUGGGUUUAGCACAUGUUAAAUAUCACAAAGUAUAAUAAUGUACUUUAAUUAGUAGUGAGAUUUUUUUAAAAUUCCCAGGUUGGGUGCUCUGUGCCUUUAAACAUCCCUUGUCUGAAGUUCAGGACUUGUCCCAAGCCUGGCUUUUUCUGCAUGUUUGUCAGAAUAUGGUAGAAGAGAUGAAAUUGUGAAAUGACCUGCUCUGACAUAAGCAUACAGAAGAGUAACUUUGCUAAGUAUUUGCAUCUUGUCUGUUCUGUGUGUUCAAGGUGGCCAGCUGACAGAGUGUUUAGUCACUGGCUUGGAAUUCCCACUUAGCCAUGGUGGGUCAUAGGUGACCUUGAAGCAGUUAUCAUUUCUCAGGCUGGCCUAUUUCUGAGGGGUAUUGAGAGGAUGAAAGAAUUGAAUCCUAGAUCUUCCUUGGAAAAAGCUCAGGAUGUCAGUGUAAUGGGCAAUUAUUAUUUUUCUCGGGCACAUAUGUUUAUCACUUGCUAUAUCUACUGUCUUGUAGGAGCCCAGUGUGUUGAUCUUGGGAACUCUUACAUAUGUCAAUGUCAAGCUGGAUUUACUGGAAGGCACUGUGACGAUAAUGUGGACGACUGUGCUUCCUUUCCUUGCUUGAACGGUGGGACUUGCCAAGAUGGGAUCAAUGACUAUUCUUGCACCUGCCCCCCGGGAUACAGUGGAAAGAACUGCAGCACUCCUGUCAGCAAAUGUGAACAUAGCCCUUGUCAUAAUGGAGCCACUUGCCACGAGAGAAACAACCGCUAUGUUUGUGAGUGUGCUCGAGGAUAUGGAGGUCACAACUGCCAGUUUUUGCUCCCAGAACCACCUCCAGGGCCAGUCAUUGUUGACAUCACUGAGAAGUAUACUGAAGGUCAGAGCUCCCAGUUUCCUUGGAUUGCAGUGUGUGCUGGAAUUAUUCUGGUCCUGAUGCUCUUGUUGGGCUGUGCAGCCAUUAUUGUCUGCUUCAGACUCAAAAUGCAGAAGAGGCAGCAUCAGCCUGAUGUGUUCAGAAGUGAAACUGAGACCAUGAACAAUUUGGCCAAUUGCCAGCGGGAGAAGGACAUUUCCAUAAGUGUCAUUGGUGCGACCCAGAUUAAGAACACCAAUAAAAAAGUAGAUUUUCACAGCGAUCAUGCUGACAAAAAUGGCUACAAAGCCAGAUACCCAUCAGUGGAUUACAAUUUGGUUCAUGAACUCAAGAAUGAGGACUCUGUGAAAGAAGAGCAUGGCAAAUGCGAAGCCAAGUGUGAAACAUAUGAUUCAGAUGCAGAGGAGAAAAGCACAGUACAGCUAAAGAGUGAAACCUCUGAAAGGAAACGACCAGAAUCUGUAUAUUCCACUUCAAAAGAUACAAAGUACCAGUCGGUGUAUGUCAUAUCAGAAGAAAAAGAUGAAUGCAUUAUAGCAACAGAGGUUGGUAUUACCCAGCAGGCUGAAAAGAUCCAGAUACUGAUCCAGAUUCCCAGCUAGCUAGACUCAUUAGCAUAUUCUAUUCCCUUAUCCUUGCUGUGCCUACAGCUUUUGUUUGUCUUUUACAAAACCCAGUUCUGCAAGUCGUUUUCUCCUGUUGGAGUCCUGAACUCCAAUGAAAUGUACCAUGAAGAUGUUGCUUUGCCUUUGCAUACUAGAUUAGUCCUAUUGACACUGGUGGAGCUAAAAGCCAAUAGGAUGAUUCCAGCAUAAAAUGCCUGUGAAAUUAUGCUUAGGAAAUAUUCCCCAUAACUUUAAUAAUAGCACUGGCUUUUGGAUGAGAUCUUAGAGCUGUCA